AUGAAGAUGUUUCUCUCUAUGUGGUCCGUCUGGCUCCUCGUUUUUGUCCUACACUGUCCUACACUACACUGCUUCGGUGCGCAUCUUUUAUCAGUGUGCAAUAAUGCGGAUUCACUUCUACGAGACGCGCCGAAGAAUUGCACCCAGAAGCCCCUAUGUCCUGCACAUGUCUUAAACGAUUCGAAGUGUAUACAACCAAAGCCAGAUUGUGUUUAUGAUGACAUCUUAAUUUACAAAUGCAAGUGGCGCGGAUGCACUGACGAAGAAUCACUUUUGCAGGAGCCCGUUUUGCGAAAAAAGCUUUUGGUUGAAGGAAGAUACUUUUGCAUACAAAAGCCAAUAUGCGACAAUCACACAAAGCUGCACAAUAAUACAGAGAGAUGUAUUCGCCCAAAGUAUGAUUGCACGCACGAGGAGUCGAAAGAAAUGUGUUCUUCCACCAGCUCCACCUUCCAAUCUAGCUUUUAUUAUUGUCGG